AGGAGCCCUAGGGGAAGUAGGAAGGAAGCUCGCCUGUCGAGCGGACCUCACCAAGGCUCAGGGUGGCUCGCCAUGUCUGCCGAAGGCCCCCGAGUGGGAUCCAUGUCCCUGGACCCCUCCAAAUCCUCCCUACCCUUGGCCGCGCUCAACAUGAAGGUGCGGCGCCGUCUCUCGCUGUUUUUGAACGUGAGAACGCUGGUGGCGGCCGACUGGACCUCGCUGGCAGAGGAGAUGGGCUUCGAGUACUUGGAGAUCCGACAGCUGGAGACGCGCCCAGACCCCACCGGCAGUUUGUUGGAUGCUUGGCAGGGGCGCUCUGGCGCGACGGUCGGCAAGCUGUUAGAGAUGCUGGCCAUGCUGGGCCGUGAGGAUAUACUGCAGGAGCUGUGGUCCAGCAUCGUUGAUGACUGCGAGAAAUACAUGGCGAGGCAGCAGAUGCAGGAGUCUGAGAAGCCCUUACAGGUGGCCAGAGUGGAAAGCAGUGUCCCACAAACAAAGGAGCUGGAGGGCAUCACCACUCUGGACGACCCCCUGGGACAAACACCAGAACGGUUUGAUGCCUUCAUCUGCUACUGCCCCAGUGAUAUUGAGUUUGUGCAGGAGAUGAUCAGGCAGCUAGAACAGACAGACUAUCGGCUGAAGCUGUGUGUGUCCGACCGUGAUGUCCUGCCAGGCACCUGUGUCUGGUCCAUUGCCAGUGAGCUCAUUGAGAAAAGGUGUCGCCGGAUGGUGGUGGUUGUUUCUGACGAUUACCUACAGAGCAGGGAGUGUGACUUCCAGACCAAGUUUGCUCUCAGCCUCUCCCCAGGUGUCCAACAGAAGCGGCUGAUUCCCAUCAAAUACAAGGCGAUGAAGAAGGACUUCCCCAGUAUCCUGCGAUUCAUCACUAUCUGCGACUAUACCAACCCAUGCACCAAGUCCUGGUUCUGGACCCGCCUUGCCAAGGCUUUGUCCCUGCCCUGAAGAUGGCCCUGGGAGCCCUAGGUCUGUCAGUCUGUCCUUGCUCUUCUGCUUGCCUCCUCUGACAUUGUAGGAGGGAAUUUGUGGUCCACUCAUCCUUGGAGGUUCUAGCUCUACAGCAACCAAACCCCAUCUGGACACCGCCCCUCGAGUCCUGGAUGGAACCAGUGACUGCAAGUGACUUUGUUACCUGCUGGGUUGUCAGCCAGUACAGCGAUUCCCAGGGACCAGCUGAGCUACAGCCGAGCCAUCUUUGGCCUCAGUUUCUCCACCUGAGAAACAGGAUAUGGAGCUGAGGCAGGAACAUGGCGAGGCAUCGCUCUGGCUGAAGGAGAGCUGGCUAUGGGACUGGAGCCUUGCCAGGACGACUGCUUCCCCUGUCUGCCUCUCAUUCCUGUUCCUCCUUUCCCAGGGCAAUGGGGAGCUGAGCUGACUUUGACCUGAUUCUCUGAAACUAUCCUCUCUGCAUCUUUGACCGCCUCAGCCUCAAUCCCACGUUCGGUGGUCACUGGUCUGGGUAACUGGGACUGCUUUUUCCUUUUCCCUCCCAUGUAGCCAUGCUUGUGUAGUGUACACAUCUUCACUUUGCUUGAAGUGGGAUCCUGCCCUCUCCCGUGCCUACCAUUUAUAGUGGCCCCAGCAGGGCCCCCAGGACUGUGUCAUCAGGGGACCUCUCUGGCCCACCAACACAGACUUUCUCCAGCUUUCUGCACUUUGAUCACCUACUUCGUUAACAAGCAGCAAACAUACAAAAACAUCCUUUCUCUAGUACUUGGAGGUGUGUGGCUCCAUGGAGUCCUAUUCAUUAGAUAAAUGUAAAUGUUCACGUGCUCCUCACACAGACACUCCCUCCCACACACAGGCAUCUGCAUACCUGUGGUUACUUUGGGACAGCUCCUAAGAAUAGCUGAGUAGAAGAGUUAUGCCAUCAAGGGGACCUGGCCAUCUCCCUGGAUAAAAAUGGGGUGCCCUUAUACAGGUAGCGGCACAUGCCUAUAAUCUAGCAUUUGUGAGGUAGAGGCAGGAGAAUCAGGAUUUCAGGGCUCUCCUUGGAUACACACCAAGUUUAAGGCCAGCCUGGACUACCUGAGAGCCUAUCACCUCUCCCACCCACCCAUCCCCCCCUCCCCCGACAAAAAAAGAAGAAAAAGAUGGGAGCAAUGUUAAUUUCUUCUCUCUCUUCUCUGAUCACUGAAAGCAAAGUCUAGAAAGGCCCCAAACCUAAGAGCAUCGUGCCUUCAGCAAAAUGAAGAUGAAAAAGGAGAAGCCGCCUCUCACCACAACUCGGCAGGCUCGGCUGGUUCCUCCCCAGCAAGAUGGUUUCCAUAUUCCUCUCAAGCUCUCUAUCAUGGAGGCAAUGUCACAGUCUCUGGUCUCAGAGCUCAGGGCCACCCCAGGGUUCUGAAUCCAACAGAAAAUGUGCCUUCCUUCAGUGUCUGGGGCAGGAAUGGAGGCCCCUUUGCAUGACCUCAUGAAGCACUUCUGUGGGCAUUUUAAAACAGUCUGGAGAAAGUAUCUUCUGUGCCUGUUAUAUAGGUUUUAUGAGAACUUCAGUGAGAUAGAUGGGAUAAAGGCUCAUGUUUGUCAUUUGUACUUCUGUAGUGGAAAUUUAUAAUAAAAAUAUUCUAUUUGAGAAAGCAUA